AUGGGCGCAUGCCUCUCGUGCUUGGGGCUUCGCAGCUCCCCGGACUCCAGCGACCGUGCACGACUGCUCGACUUCGACUACCCCCAUAACAGCUAUGGCACGUGGGGCGGCAACGCGGUUCCCCCGCCCGACCAUGGAAUUAGCGCUGAAGAGGAGCGGCGGCUGCAGAGCGCAUGGGACGGCAUAACGCAGUGGGCAGGAAACCAAAUCGUCGAAAUCUUCCCUUCGCAGCAUCGCGCACAGAACCUCAAUCUUACGCAGAGCCAGCUGUACGAUAGCGCCGCGGAAGAGGGGAGACCGAACGGCGAUGGGCCUUCCAACGGCCUAUCCGAGCAGCUGCACCACGACAUCCUGUUAUCAAUGAUUCCCGGCGACAAGUCGAAGCGAUCGAUACGGAUCUUCCCCGCGUCGCGACCGAAUUCGCGGUCGACGCAGCGGACGAAUGGCCAGACAGACCACAAAGUCAAGGAAAAGGCGUCGGGAAUCUUCGUCAAGUUGAACGUGAACCUGUCUUGA